AUGGCACCUUCUGCCAUCGCUUUUGAAGAAACCAAUACUACAAUUGUGACUGACAACCAAAUCGACAAGAUCGAUUUUGUUGACACCAAUCAUGGCGUUGAAUCCGAUGUGACUGGUUUGGCCUCCAAGGCGCUGAUUCAAAAAGUCCUCAAGGAGCAGAUUGCUCGUAUCAACGUUGAUACUUGUGAGCCUGGCGAAGAAGAUGCGUUCUACGUGGCGGAUCUAGGGGAAGUGUACCGCCAGCAUCUCCGUUGGAAAAUGAACCUGGGCCGUGUUAAGCCGUUCUAUGCGGUCAAAUGCAAUCCGGACAAGGAGGUGCUCCGCCUUCUGGCCAAAUUGGGGACUGGAUUCGAUUGUGCGUCUAGGGCCGAGAUCGACCUGGUGCUGAGGCUUGGCAUUUCUCCCGGCCGCAUCAUCUACGCACAGCCGUGCAAGACUAAGUCAUACUUGCGACAUGCUCGCAAAGUCGGCGUCAGCUUGAUGACCUUUGACAAUACCGAUGAACUCCACAAGAUCAAAGAGUGCUACCCGGACGCCGAACUGGUGCUCCGAAUCUUGACUGAUGACUCAGAAAGUGCAUGCCGGCUCAGCACAAAAUACGGCGCUAGUCUGGAGUACGCGGCCGAACUGCUCGGUCUGGCGAAGAAACUGGACCUGAACCUCGUCGGUGUCAGCUUCCACAUAGGCUCUGGGGCAAGUGACCCAAAUUCUUUCGGAAAGGCGGUCAAAGACGCGCGACAUGUGUUCGAUCAAGCAGCCCUGCUCGGAUUCGACCUGAAGUUGUUGGACGUUGGGGGAGGGUUUAUCGAUGAGACGUUUGAGACUUUUGCAGGAAAUCUGAAUGAAGCUCUCGAGGAGCAAUUCCCCGCCAACGUCCGGGUGAUUGGCGAGCCUGGCCGCUAUUAUGCCUCCAAUGCGUUCACACUCGCCACGAACGUCAUUGCGAGACGUGAAGUCGCGGUCAAUCACGAAGGCGAAAAGGGUUACAUGCUCUACCUUAACGACGGUGUCUACGGCAACUUCUCCAACAUCAUCUUCGACCACCAGCACCCUAUUCCCCAAGUUCUUUCCGCCGCGGUGCCCCCCGAUGGCCACCAGGAGCAGCUGAUCGAGUACUCGAUCUGGGGCCCCACCUGCGACGGAAUUGAUGUCAUCACCGACCGCUACUUCUUACCCGGCGUGGUCGAGAUCGGCGACUGGUUGUUCUUCGAGAACAUGGGCGCGUACACCAAGUGCUCGGCGACAAAGUUCAAUGGGUUCAGCGAUGUCCACGAGGUCAUUUACAUUUCCAGCGAGCCUGGUGCGUCGGCCUUGCUUGGCUAUUGA